UCCUCCUCCUCCUCAGACGGUGAAGGAGAAGGCUGCAGACUGAGCGCGCUGCACUCCGCCGUGCGUCCGCGUCUCUCUCAGCCACCAAGUGCCCAAAGCACCGAUCCUUCCCGAGACCGAGACCGAGCCUCCACCUCCACCUCCUGCACCACAUCUCACCGCUGUCCUGCAGCGAUGGAGCCGUGAAGCAGUCACUGACCAAGUGUCCAGAGGAGCGCGUGAACCCACGGAUACACAGCGCGGAUCAAGCGGUUAUGGAGGAGCAGCUGAAGGAGGCUGGAAUCUAGACGCGAACCAACAGCGGAUUUUAAACCCCUCACCGCCUUCGUUACAGACACAGGGACUUUAUUUAUUUAUAUUUCUCUGAGACUCAUCGCCACUGCUCCAGGAUGCAGGGGAAGGAAGGAUGCUGGAGGCUGAAGCUGCGGCUGCUGCAGCUGCUCUGCUGCGUCCUGGCUCUGCGCUCCGUGCACGGAAAUGUUGCCACGACCAAUGUCACUGAGCCGGGCAUCACGGCCAAUGUUACCUCCCUUCUCAACGAGGAUGAGGGGCCUGCCAAGGUCGAUACUAUUAUUGCCACGGUUACUACAAUGAGCAGCUCAGUCAGUCCUGAAACGAUCAACACUGUGACCCUGCGUGCGGGCCGUAUCCCCCGCGCUGGCGAGGAGGAGGAGCAAAGCAGCGGCAUGAUUGGUGAAUUGGUGGUUCCUGUGGUGGAGGAAGUUGGCGUUGCAGACCCGCCUCAGCUCACUCCUGAUUCUGCUGAGACAGAGCUCCUGCUUCCGAGCAACCCUCAAAAAACAGAUGCCACGAAGGGUGAGGAGGAGGAGGAGGAAGAGGAUGAAGAGCGACUGCCGCACACUGACCCGCCAUGGAUCUACGCCAAAGACACAGCUGUGUUUGACCUGGACCAUCUUUUCACCACCACUGCCCCGCCCCCAGCUACCUCCAUCCCCUCUAAUGCUGAUGUCCUCCACGUGGACUUCUUUGACCCCUCCUCUCGUGGGCGCAACCUGGACCUGGCCCCUCCCUCCCCUUCAUCCCUGGCCCAUGAGUUGCAGGGGGCCGACCCAACCUCCUGGGCUAUGCCAGAUAACUAUGACUACCUCACGCCCUAUGAAGACGGUGUGUCCCCCACCGCAGAUGAGUACACCUACAGCACCACAACUGAGGCCUACGAGAGCGAUGAAGAUCUCCGACUGCCAGAUGGGUUCCCGGAUCGCUCCAGGCCUCGGGUCCCAGUGUCCAGCUCCUUCGUCCCCGGAGUGGCGGGAGCUCCAGUGCCAAAAAUCCCUGUAGCGGCUCCUCCUGCAGCCUUACCAGUGGAUGGCUCAGAUGGGUUGGGCGGAUGCCGCGCGGGCUACCAGAUGUUGAAUGGAAGUUGCCGCUCGCCCUGUGACAUGCUGCCCAACUACUGUUUCAACGGAGGACAAUGUUACCUGCUGGAGGCAGCUGGAGUCUUCUGCAGAUGCAACGUCCAGGAUUACAUCUGGCACAAGGGCGCCCGCUGCGAGUCGGUGGUGACCGAGUUCCAGGUGAUGUGUCUGGCCGUGGGCGCCUCGGCCCUGGUGCUGCUGCUGCUCUUCAUGAUCGUCGUCUGCUUCGCCAAGAAGCUCCACGUGCUCAAGACGGAGAACAAGAAGCUGCGCAAGCGCAGCAGUAAGUACCGGCCUUCAUCGGAGCAGCACAAUGAUAAUUUCUCGCUGUCCACCAUCGCUGAGGGCUCCCACCCAAAUGUAAGGAAACUGUGCGACACCCCUCCUAACGUCCCUCAUGCCCGUGCAUUGGCUUACUAUGAUAACAUUAUCUGUCAGAAAACCAUGAGCAGAUACACCUGGGAGUGUAAGACCAAAGAGGAGUCCGACUGCGAGGACGAUCCUAAUUCCCAGAACAAGCUGGAGGACGCGGUGAAGGCUCCGCCCAAGGAGGACGACUCCCUCAACAUCCACAACUCUCUGACCCCCAAACACGAGAACCACAAGCUCCUGGGCGAGGAGAACUCGUCGGAGGUAAACUCACUGCAGAACAACAUGAUGUGAAAACAAAACAAAACACACAACAACAACAACAACAAGGUGCGCCGGCAACUGGAAGCCCCUCCCCCUAAAAUAUAAACCCCCUCCCCUUCCCUUUCCUGCUCUCCGUCUAUGUCCGCUGCCGAGUGCACCUAACCGGUCAGCCAACCAACCAACAACCAGCCUGCCAACAUACCAGCCAACCAACCCAGUCUGCAACCGUCUCUGACACGGCAUCACUGCCACCAAGCGGCCCCGGCUGCCGAAAAACCAACACCACCACCACCACUGCUGUCACUGCCCAAGCUGAGAAUAACCCCGCCUCCUGCCAGCCUCAUCCUGCUGCUUCCCUGUAACCCCCACACCCCCACCUUACAUCCACUCACUCCCCUGUUUUGCGGCCCCGUCCCCCUUAAUGCUGUCACUCUACUGCCCCCUAUCUCUCCUACCUACACACACACACACACACACACACUAUAGACUGUAUAUAAAAGUGCACGUCAUCUUCCGGUUUGAAAACAAACUCCCAUUUUGAAGCUAAAUCAAGUGAGAAAUAAUGAAAUUUUUCCCCCCAUUUUGGAGUAAUGGUGCUUUUCCACGACACGGUUCUGGCACGGCACAAGAUUCUCAUAAAUUUCCUUUGCUAAAUGUUGGAGAUUAACGUAAUGUUUUCAGGGAAGU